UCAUCACCUUCCUCUUCUCUCUCUCUCUCUCUCUCUCUCUCUCGUCAAUGGAGGAGCUUGAAACUCCUGCUAACAAUGCCGCUGAUCUCAUCUCAUUCUCCGACGACUUUGACAGCGCUUGUUCUACCCCUUUUGUUAGUGCUCCUUCCAGUCCCGGCCGUGGUCCGACCUCUUCCUACGGCGGUGGAUUCUUCUACAGCGCUCCCGCUAGCCCUAUACACUUUAUGUUGUCUUCCAAUCUAGGCUCUUCAAACUCCACUUCUUCUACUCCUCUUGAAGGAGCUGGAGGAUCUUUUGAGUUCGAGUUCACUGCCAAGCAAGCCGCUCAUGGAGCACUUCCCACUGGAUCCAUGACUUCUGCUGAUGAACUCUUCUUAAACGGUAAGAUCCGGCCGAUGAAGCUGUCCUCUCACCUCCAACGUCCUCAGGUACUAGCUCCAUUGCUUGAUGUUGAUGAGAACGAGAUCGGAGAUGGCAGUGACGACGAGGAUAAGCUUGGGAGAGGCAGAGAUUUGAAGUUUCGAGACAGAUCUAAGUCGUUAAGGAGAAGAGCUAGAUCUAUGUCACCGUUGAGGACUAACAACGCAUUUCAAUGGCUGGAGGAAUUUGAAGACGGUAGAGAAUCAACGGAAAUCAAUGAGAUCAAGGAGAAACUGGAAGCCGAAGAUAAGGCAAAAGCUGACGAAGAUGUUCAAGAUGCCGAAACUCCGCCGUCUGGUGCAUCUUCACGGUCGUCCUCCGUCGGCCGGAGCUCAAAACGGUGGGUGUUUUUGAAGGAAUUUCUAUAUAGAAGCAAGAGCGAAGGACGAAGCAGUACAAGUAGCAAUGGCAAUCACAAGUUCUGGACCUCAUUGUCCUUUUCCCCUUCAACUAACAAAGACAAGAAAUCAUCUGAUACAUCCGCCGUGAAGAAUAAAGCAACAACCGCCACUACCGGAGACGGAAGUUCCACGGCGGAAGGGGCAAAAACCACCGUCAGAAAGGCCGUGAAUGGGGUGGGAGUAACCGGAAAAAGGAGGGUGGCGCGUUCAGCACACGAGCUACAUUACACCACGAAUCGAGCACAAGCAGAAGAGCUGAGGAAGAAAACAUAUUUACCCUACAAGCAAGGUCUAUUGGGGUGUCUAGGGUUUAGCUCUAAAAGUUACGGCGCCAUGAAUGGAUUUGCAAGAGCUUUGAACCCUGUUUCAUCAAGGUAAGCGAUGAUCGAAAAAGGGUUUUCAAGUUGGGGAUUGUAUAAAUUUUUUAGUCGAAAUAUGUGUUUGAUUUUGAAUCUUUAAGCAAUGAAUGAAUCUAUAUAUUUGAAUGCUUAA